AUGACUAUCGGAAAGAAUAAUAAAAUGCAACAGCAUAUCAAUUAUAGAGUCAGAGUAAUACUUCAAGACUCACGAACUUUUAUUGGGACAUUCAAGGCUUUCGAUAAACAUAUGAAUUUAAUAUUAGGAGACUGCGAGGAAUUCAGAAAAAUUAAAUCCAAAAACAGCAAAACCCCCGAUAGAGAAGAGAAAAGAACUUUGGGCUUUGUAUUGCUCCGUGGAGAGAAUAUUGUGUCCUUAACAAUUGAGGGUCCACCCCCACCAGAAGAAGGAUUACCUCGUGUGCCGCUACCGGGUGCUAUUGGUGGUCCUGGUGGCGGUAGAGCGGCUGGUCGUGGUGCUGGGCCGGCUGGCGCUCCUCCAGGCUUGCAGGGGCCUGCUAGAGGUGUUGGUGGUCCUUCUCAGCAGCAUAUGGCCCCGGGCUCUCGUGGGCAGCUGUCUGCACCUCCUCAAAUGCGAGGUGGUCCUAUGAUGGGUGGUCCGCCCCCUGGCAUGAUGGGAGCACCUCCUGGAAUGGGCCGUGGAGGUCCAGGUGGUCGAGGUCCUCCAGGAAUGCGACGUUAUUAG